AUGACUUCCAAUAUUGCUGAGUUACUUAACGCAGCCAUCGUGACAACUAGAGAAGUACCUAUCACAACACUUUUGGAGUGUUUGCGUGGAUUACUCCAAGAUUGGACAUACACUAAUAGGAAACUAGCUCAAAAAACAAUGAUAAGAUUGACACCGGCUGCAGAACAAUCACUCACCAACAACUUCAUAUGCUCUUUGAGAUUAGCUGUAAAGCCAGCAAAUGAAUAUCUAUUUGAGGUAUUUAAAGAAAAUAAGUCAUGGAUUGUAAAUCUCAAAGAACGAAUUUGCACUUGCAAUAGAUUUCAGAAGGAAGAAAUGUCAUGUGGUCAUGCUCUUGCUGUGAUGAAGGAGAUGAACAUAGACCCCUACGAUUAUUGUUCACAUUACUACACAACAAAAGUAUGGUUAGAAACAUACGAUGCAACUGUGUAUCUAGUAGGGAAACAAAAACAUUGGGAAUUACCAAACUUUUUCAAAGACAUCAUAGUGUUGCCUCCAUUUGAAAGAGUGAAGAAUGGAAGACCAAAGAAAAGAAGAAUUAUAGCUACUUGGGAAACUAAAAAGAAGAACAAGUGCAGCAAGUGUGGACAAAGAGAUUAUAAUAGGAAGACAUGUCGAACCCGACCACCAAGAAGUUGA